AAUAUGCGUGCCAUUCUUCAAUAUGAACAAAAUCAAUAAGGUGUUGAUUUUCUUAAUUACAUUUGUUUCAAUCUCCGUCACGAAUUCCAAUGAGAAUAUAUGGACUAAAAAGAAUAUUCACAAGAAAAUUUUCAAUAGACUCUCUGAAAAGCUUGAGAUUCCUGGUUGUAAAUCAAGCAAAAUAUGGAUGAUGAUAAAGCGCGGGAAUAGGGGUCCUACCAUGAAAGACAUUUAUCUGAUAGGAAAGAGAUUACCUAGAAUCAGGAAUCUGAUACUGAAAUAUAAUCCUACCUCCUCAAAUAUACUGCACGAUUAUGAUUUGAGAGCUUUUCGAAAAUGGGAUAACAAGUUGAACUCCCACGAUUAUUACAAGUUGCCAACGGAAAACGAAAAAGAAUUGAUGCAUGUUGCUGAAAGAAUGAGAAUACGAUUCCCAUCUUUGUUGAGUAAGGGAUAUGACAGAGAUAUUUAUAAGUUGAAAUAUGCGGAGUCUAAGGGUCCACCAUAUUUCUUCACCAUGGGCCUGUUCGACGAUAAAAACAGUAGAUCUUGGUAUGAUAAUACUUCAAGAGUAGAUACCGUAGCGGAACUAAGCAAGAUAUGUGAGGCUUGGAAAGUGAAUAGAGUUGAUAAUGCUGCAGUACCCAAAUUGAAGCAACAAGUAUCCAGUGACAUCCUAAUCUCACAGACUGUUGACGAGAUAAAUGAAAGAUUGAAACUACCAGAGGACACAAUCAAUUUUGAGGAUAUACAUCUUAUGCAUACUUGCUGUUUGUUUGAGACAGCAUCUAACAUAUCAACCAAGUCACCAUGGUGUUCAGCUUUUUCUGUUCAUCACUUGAAGGUGCUCAAAUACCUUGAGGAUGUCAAAUAUUUCUCAGAACAUGAACACUCCAGGAUUUCGAAUGAAAGAAAAUCAUGCGUAGCUUUUGAUGACUUGAUCACUUUCAUGAAGAGUGAAGAUGAUGCUCGUAAGUGCACGAUUUAUUUCACUAACUCAGGGGCGAUCAUGAGGGUACUGCUAUUUUUCGACAAGUACAACGAUGAGUUCUCCAGAAAGAAUCUUGGUAUCGCCCAUGUCAAUCCAUUCGAGACGAAUUUGGCGUUCGUUUUAUAUAACUGUCAUGGUGUCUUUAAAGUUUUGACACUAUUUGAGGAGCAUGUUAUCAAACUUCCUUUCUGUCCCUUCACUAUAUUGUGUGAGCUGAACAAGAUUUCGGAGUAUUACUCCCACAUUUGUGCCUACGACGAAAUAUGUGAGAAGAAAGAACAAAAUAAUCGUAUUGAAUUGGAAUCUUUUAUAAUGUUCAACAGGGGCUCUAACAUUAAUAUGAAUUUUUCGAUUAUUUUCAUCCUAACCUAUUGUAAACAUAUUUUGUUGAAUAAUUAAAAAAAAAGGC